UUGAGGGAGGAUGACGAUAAGAGGCCACAUACAUAGUCUCUCAACUGCACCACCAACAACUCCAGUCUCCAUUUUUGAUUUCUUCAUUUCCUCCAUUAACACACACAGAGCUUAGGGAAGAAGAAGAAGAAGAAGAAGGAACAAUGGAAAUCGGAGCUGGAGGAGGAGACAGUUGGAGAAGACGAUCGAAGGAGUCUUCUCACCUUCGAGAUUUUAUACAAUUGAAAGAAGAACAACAACAACAAGAAGAAUCUCGCCGGAAUUCAUUAACCGCUCAUCAAACCUUGAGUGAUGUCCUCGGCGAACCGCAUACACUAGCGCCGCCGCCGUCGGCACUUCCGGUUCAAUCGAACCGCACUCUGCUCGACAUCAUACGAGAAGAAGAUCAUCAUCAUCAUCCAAACAGCACUACGGCUAACAACAAGAAUAAGACAAGCUGGAAAGCCUUCACGGAGAAACUCCGUCUCUCCCGUACAGGUACAAUCACAACCACAGUACAUAUUCCAAACCCUAACCGCCGGUCAACGUCGCAGAGUCAAUCUAACGGACUCCAAUCGUCGAACAACAGUACUCCCCCCGAUCUAGAUCUAGGUCGAGAAUCAUUAUCAAAUCUACUACUAAGAUCCAGCAGCGAGACUAAUGGAAGCAACAAUCAACAACAACAACAAGCAGUGAUAACAUUGGUUAAUUCCUCUUCCUCCUCCUCUUCCUCUUCCUCUUCCUCCGGUGAGAAUGUGCAGGGAGUUGGAAUGUCUCUAAUGGCUCUGCUGGAAGUGGGGGAGAAUGGAGAAAGGGAGCCGGCGGCGGAUGUGGGAAUCUCUCUAAUGGAGCUGCUGGAGGAGACAGAUCGGGAAAUAGGAUUGGAAGAUCAUACUAAUCCAUACGAAGAAGAUGAAGAUGAAGAUGGAGAAUCGGAGAAUGAGAUGCAAUUAGUAGUAGGAGAAGGGGAUUUGAAUUUGAUGAACAGAUGCUGUGUAUGUAUGGUGAGACACAAAGGAGCAGCUUUUAUACCUUGUGGCCAUGCAUUCUGCAGAAUAUGCUCUAGAGAACUUUGGGUUCAAAGAGGAAGCUGCCCUCUCUGUAAUGGCCUAAUUCUAGAAAUUCUUGAUAUCUUUUGAUUCAUCUCCACCAUUAAAACUCUAUCUUCUUCUUCCUUCUACACUCACCAUCCAUGAAAAAGAAUAAUUGUGUUUCUUUGAUUUUGUUCUAUAAUAUUAAUAGUAAUACUGUAUUUUUU